UGGAACGCAUUCGAUUUUGUUAUUGUGCUAGGAUCUUUCAUUGAUAUUAUAUACGGGAAGCUUUCGCCGGGCUCAAACAUUAUUAGCAUAAAUUUUUUCCGCCUUUUUCGUGUAAUGCGACUAGUGAAAUUGCUGAGCAGAGGAGAAGGAAUUCGAACACUUUUGUGGACUUUUAUGAAAAGUUUUCAGGUUUUCGGAAAAGUUGCCUUGAAUGAUGAGACGCAUAUUCAUCGUAACAACAAUUUUCAUACGUUUCCUGCUGCAGUACUUGUCCUUUUUCGGUACUGUUUCGUUCUUGUUUUUCUUACUGAUGCUGUAGAAUUUCGCAAAUCCCUCUCAUAAUA